UAUUUAUAUCUAUAGAUAUUAGCUGUUUUUUUUUUUGGUAAUGAACAUUCUUUAUCUUAUAUAUUAAUUCGAUUCGACGUAACGAACACGAAUUAUUACGACAAUGUUUGCUUACAAAAAAAUUUCGGUAAAAUAAUAAAAAAAAUACUUGAAUUUCUAUCGAUCGAAAUACUCUAUUUGCUCUAUGAAACUUAAACUGUCACUGAUCGACUGGAAAGCGUGGUCAAGCGAUAGCCGUAGAAAAAUACGAUGCUAACAAAUACACGCGUGCGUAAUUGUCAUGUUAAUGCGUUCUAAGACGAUUUUGUCGCAGCGAUUACAUUCCGAGUGAUUCCGGAUGUUUUAAGUUAUUUAAAAGUGUGUGGAGUGCCUUUAUCCAAGAAAACGUGGAAAAAAUACCGACGAAUAAUCGAUGCACAAUUAAUGAAAGUUCGAAGAGAAGUCUCGUAAGACCUAUGUGUGGCACGUACGCUUUGCAGGAGGUACCCGAGUGGUUGGUAACAGAGACGCUUAGCGGAUGAAUACGGUCCUGCGCGAUCCCCUCCACCUUCCUCAUCCCGCUAUACGACCAGUCAGUUCCUUGUUUGCCAUACAAAAUCCAAUAGUUUGCCUUGUACCUCGAGAGUGCGAGUAUGCCUUUCGCAUUUGCCUUUUUUUCUUUAAAAAAGUGCGGUAAUCCAUUGAAGUACUCGCGAAAAUGUGCAUUUUACUAAGUUUGUUUACUCACACGACGAGAUUUCGAUGGUUCUGAGAGGGAGAUCCGAGAGAGCAUAGUAAAUUCCUGUCGCGACCAGACCGACCGGCCCGUUAAGGCUUCGUCGAUUUUUUGGUCGUGAAAAAACAACGGAGCCGAAGCUUUUGUGCGGAAAGUCAGUUAUACGACUGGAAAAGACCGAUUACGACGGGAAGAGGUGGUACAAGUGCUUCGGGUACUCGAGGUGGCUCCUUUGUAGAAGGAGCACCACAGGACGAAUAUUUUCACUGGAGCUCUCGGGAAAAUGUGUUAUGUAUUUACGUGGAAUAUUGCGUAACGUCGAGGGCCGGGAAGUGUUUGGAAACGUGCAACACUGACAAACCUCGCUUCGACGACUUCACGAGACGGCCUGUGCGCGUCCGUGCAGCUGGCUUUACCGGCUCUAUUUCGUCUCUCUGUCCCAGCGAAAUUCCCCUCGCGAGGCCGAUACCGCGAUCGAAAUUUUCCGAAGAAAGAAAUUCCACCGACGGCCGUAUCUCCUCGUGGAAGAGUACAACUUUCGUCGCGAUCAACCAUUUCACCUCGACCACUUGCUCCUGGACAACUUCCCUCGAAAUUCAGUGGUGCAAGGACGUUCAACUUCUUUUCAGAUGGACAUUGCAUUUCCAAUGUGAUCUGCGAUGAAACGCGUUCGCGGGCUGGACGAGGUAGCAUCACCAGCAGCAGCAACAUUAAAGCACUCGUCAGUGAGUGCAGGAAGUGGCUUAGGUGGCGGAGGAGGUGGUUUAGAGUACCAUUCAAGCAGUGGAAUAGGCGUUGUUGUACCUGGCCAAGCAGUUCGAUCAGUUACUUCGAAAGAAAUGCCGGGAAGCAUACAAUUUGGAACUGCCCAAGCUCAACAGCAAUACACUGGAGCAAUUGUUGUGCCGACCGCGGCUCCGUCCCCCAUUAAGGGAAGUGGAUCUGCAGGACUUACUUCUACAUGUAGCAGUAGCAGUGUAAAUACUGGUGGAGGAUUGCAUAGUGGGAUAGGUGGUGGGAAUAACCAUAGUAUGGGUUCUCAACAACCUACAUCAGGAACACAAAGUCAAGUUCAUAGCCAGCAACAACCAACAAUAAGGCAUAAGGUUCAUUCUAGUAAUGUAACACCAUUAGCUUCAACCCCACCAGGCACCAGCCUAGGUGGUGGUAGUGGAUCCCAACAAUUUCAGAGAUUAAAAGUAGAAGAUGCAUUGUCCUACUUAGAUAAAGUCAAGUACAAAUUUAGUGAUCAGCCGCAGGUGUAUAAUGACUUCUUAGAUAUUAUGAAAGAAUUCAAGUCACAAAGCAUAGAUACUCCAGGAGUCAUAACACGAGUGAGUCAUUUAUUCAAAGGGCAUCCUGAACUUAUUGUUGGUUUCAACACAUUUCUUCCACCGGGAUAUAAAAUAGAAGUACAGGCAAACGAGCAAGGAUACGCGUUUCAAGUAUCAGUCAGUAUGCCGAGUCCAACGGCAACGCAUACUGCUACUUUAUCGCAGCAUCAUUGUACAGUAAACGUUGGUUCGCCCCCUGUUGCGAGUCCACCAACACAACCAGCAAAAGCACCCCCAGUUUUGCAAAUAAUGCAAGGAUCUGGAAAUAUACAUCAUUCUUUGGCAAACAAUAUUUCCAACAAUAGUUUAACAGUACAUGCACCAUCACCACCACCGGUACAGACAUACAAUAAUUCGCACGUUAGUGCAGCUCAAGCUCAGGCUGUGAGUCAAGCGUUAAGCCAAGCACAAGAUGGAAUACCAACCAGUGGACAAACUCAACAGAGUCAACCGGUUGAAUUUAACCAUGCAAUUAAUUAUGUUAAUAAAAUCAAGAACCGAUUCCAAGGUCAACCAGACAAGUAUAAAAGAUUUUUAGAAAUUUUGCAUACGUAUCAGAAAGAACAAAGGAAUUUGAAAGAGUCUGGGCAUAUGGGUGGUACGAGUGGGUCCGGUGCAACUGGAGGUGCAAAGCACUUAACAGAAGCAGAAGUUUACAGUCAAGUUGCAAAGUUGUUUGAAAAUCAAGAAGAUUUGCUUGCCGAAUUUGGGCAAUUUUUACCAGACGCCACUAAUCAACAGAGCUCACUGUCUGUUAUGUUUCAGACUAACAAGACUGCUACCGUUAACGAUCAUACAACAAUCGUUAAGAAACCAUUGGGACCUAAGGCACCAUACAACAAUUCGGGAAAUAUUUCGAGAGAAUUGCGAGAGUCGAGCGGCACUGGUACAAUAGAACGUGAAAGUCGCGAUCACAGGGAUCGUGAACGAGAACGUGACAGAUCUGGCGUACGAGAUAUUAAUAGUGUUCAGAAAUUUGGCCACAGUACAGGACAAUUAAAAAGAAGUCCAUCGUUCACGCCUUCGGUAACAGCCGGAAAUUCUCAUCAUAUACAACACGGUCCACCCCCCUUGAAGAAACAUAAGGUGUCCUCUAUACGCGAAUGCGUUACUAUAGCUGAAGCUGGGAAAUACGGCAGUUUGAACGACUAUGCGUUCUUUGACAAGGUUCGUAAAGCUCUGAGGUCUCAGGAAGUAUAUGAAAAUUUUCUACGAUGCUUGGUCCUUUUUAAUCAAGAGAUAGUGUCCAAAUCUGAGUUGGUGCAGUUGAUAACGCCAUUUCUCGGUCGCUUUCCGGAGCUUUUACGCUGGUUUAAGGAUUUUCUUGGUCAUUUACCUGACUCCUCUACCACCGCCACAACAAACACAGGGAGCAAUUUAAACGUCGAAGCGCUACCAAAUAAUGUUGUACGAAGUCAUCAAGAACGACCUCAAGGCGAUUUGGCGAUGGAAAUCGAUUAUACAGCAUGUAAACGUCUAGGAGCGUCGUAUUGCGCGUUACCAAAGUCAUACGUUCAACCAAAGUGUACAGGGAGAACGCAGUUGUGUAAAGAAGUUCUUAAUGAUACAUGGGUUUCGUUUCCAACUUGGUCAGAGGACAGUACAUUCGUAACAUCGAGAAAAACUCAAUACGAAGAAUCGAUUUAUCGCUGCGAGGAUGAACGAUUCGAAUUGGACGGUGUGAUAGAAACAAAUGCGUCAACGAUUAGAGUUCUCGAAGGUGUUCACAAGAAAAUGAGUAGAAUGAGUCAAGAGGAACUUCAGAAAUUCAAGCUCGAUGAUUGUCUUGGUGGUUGUUCUCCUACGAUUCAUCAGAGGGCUUUGAAGAGGAUAUACGGCGAUAAAGCUGCUGAUAUUAUAGACGGUCUUAAGAAAAAUCCUAUAGUAGCGGUACCAGUGGUUCUCCGACGAUUAAAAAGUAAAGAGGAGGAGUGGCGGGAGGCGCAGAAAGGUUUUAAUAAAAUUUGGAGAGAACAAAACGAGAAAUACUACUUAAAGUCCCUAGAUCAUCAGGGUAUCAAUUUUAAGCAAAAUGACGUGAAAGCACUAAGAUCUAAAAGCUUAUUUAAUGAGAUUGAAACGUUAUAUGAUGAGAGACACGAACAAGUGGACGAUGGCAACGGAGACGGCCAAAACAAUAGCGGCCCGCACCUUGUAUUACCCUAUAAAGAUAAAUCUGUUCUAGACGAUGCAGCUAAUCUUCUUAUUCAUCACGUAAAACGUCAAACAGCUAUCCACAAAGAAGAUAAACAACGAAUAAAGCUUUUAUUGAAGCAUUUUAUACCUGAUCUUUUCUUUCAUCCACGCCAGGAGCUUAGCGACGACGAAAGGGACGAAGAUGAUGAAAAAGAAGAUAUGAAUGUAGCAGCGUGUAGCAAUUCUCAAUCAAUAACGAUGAAUGCUUCUCCGUUGGGUGGUGGUCUUCAAGCGAAUAGGAACAAAGCGCCGGUAUCUCCGAUUCCGUCUUCCACGUCGAUUAAAACCGAACCCGAUGUAAAGCUACCCAUUCAUGCCCUGUCGAACGACCCCGAAGAAGCGUACACGCUUUUCAUGGGGAGUAACAAUUGGUACCUCUUUUUGAGGUUACAUCACAUCCUGUGCGAAAGGUUGACAAAAAUGUAUGAAAGAGCAGUCGCCCUUGCGGAAGAGGAAUCGCGGUACAAGCAGCAGCGCAAAGAAAGUACAGCCGUCGCAUUAAGAUUAAAACCCAAAAAUGAAAUUGAAAUUGAGGACUAUUAUCCUGCAUUUUUGGAUAUGGUUAAAAAUGUCCUGGACGGUAACAUGGAGAGCACCGCGUAUGAAGAUACGUUACGAGAAAUGUUCGGUAUUCAUGCAUAUAUUGCCUUCACGUUGGAUAAGGUUGUAACGUAUGCUGUGAGACAAUUGCAGCAUUUGGUUUCGGAUCCCAUAUGCCAACAAUGCAUGGAACUAUUUCAACGAGAGCAGCGUCAACCAAAAGAAAGUAGUGGUGCCGGUGGUUUGUGUGCUACUGCAUAUAUGAGACUUGGUGCAGAAAUGGCGUAUCAACGUAAAGCUGAGAAAGCCAUGGCAGACGAAAACUGUUUUAAAAUAUACAUAUAUAAAAAGGACUGCAAAAUGACAAUGGAAUUAUUGGAUACAGAGGGUGAUGAGGCAAUGGACAACAGUUGUAGGGAAAGGGAAAGGGAAGGAGUUACAGUGUCUGAAAAAUGGUCUACGUAUGUUGAGAGGUAUUCUGCUCCAGCUGGACAGACUAGCCCGAAAGACACCCCUACCUUAACAGACAAUGAGCCAACAACCAAUCAUCCUGUGAGUAACGACCAGGCAGCAAGGGGGGGGAGGGGCAGAAAGCGCAAGAACACUGACAUUAGCAAGAAGAUGGAUGGAAAUGGUUGGAGUUCUUUAGGCAGAAUCUUGGCAGGCCGUAAACCCGUAUUUCUGUAUCGUAAUGUUAGACAAUGGAGGAAGAGAGCUGCUAGAAUGAUGUCAGCAUCCAUGCCUAAUACAAAUCAUCCUGAGAAAGGCACAGAAUCAACCGAUAAAGAUAAAGCAUUGGAUUCUGUAGAUGCACUUUUAAAACGGCCUUCUGGUUUAAGAUUAGCAGACUCUGGAGAUACAUCUGACAUCAUCAAUUCUGAUGAGACACAAUGCAGAUUUAAUCCUAACAGUUACCAAAUGCUUUAUAUUGCUAGUAAGGAAGCAUUCCUUUAUAAACAAAAUUCAUUCAGCCGUGCCAGAGAGUGUCAUCCAGCUGUGACGAAACAUUUGAACUCGAAGUUCCAUCAGUGGCUUGCAUCUUGGGCGUCUAAAAAUGUGGCGGACAUUCAGCAUCGGUUGUGCCAGGAUUGGUUAAUGGGACGUUACGAAAACUUAAUCCCUCAUAAAACACGAGUGAUCACAGAUAAUGACCAAACUAGAUCACCUUACCGGCAAUACAAUCGUUAUCGUGUAGAACGCUUGCAAAGCGACCUUUUAACGGAACCAUGUGUAUAAUCUUACAUCUCUUAUAAUUUCUUUACUAUUCUUUGAGAAUAUAUAAUUAUUACUGAGAGUUCGUUUCGAUAAUCUCAUAUUCGUGGAUACUUUCUUUUAAUAAUUAGUUAAAGGAGGAUUAUUAUUAUCGUGGGCAAAAUUAAGACUGAUUCUUGACCUAGGUUUCAUACAUGAACUACUAAAGAACGUCUUGUUUUGCCAAUGAAAUUCAUCGUAAAUGAAGACGGCAAAGAAAUGGUCGUUAAGAAAGGAGUAUCGAGGAAUAUAACAAAUCGUCUAUAGUUGUGUACUACACUCAUUGCAUUCGACUUAUACAAAAUUUGAUUCUUUUACUGUACAGGUAUGAUUAAUAAUGGUACAAACGGAAAUAUCGCUGUUUCGUUAAACUGUUAUUUAUCUAAAAUGAUUACGAUUUUUUUGAAUGUAAAAUAUUAAAUUGAUGAAUUAAAUUAAAUAGCGAGAAUGAAAUAUGAUCGAAAUACGCGAUAUUUUCAAACGUAUCGAAGAUAAGCUUGUGAUCAGGUAAUAUAAGAUUAUUUAAACGUAAUGUUUUUUUUCCGCGAUUAUUAUUUUUCCAUCACAUUAGAUAGAGAUUCUCCAAGUAGGGUUUUACAUAAGAGAGUAAAGUUAAAAUAAAACUUUUGAUACUUUAUGUAAUCUUAAACAAUUUAGGAAAAAUAUUCUAUCUUAAUAUAACUGUCGUUUGUAAGUACAUUGCAGAUUCAGCCAAUUUUAUUGCAUUCAGUAUUGUAUUUUUAUAGACUUAUAUGAGUAUCAUCGAAAUAUUAAAUACCGUUACCAAUUAAAAAUAUUCAAACUUAGGCAUUGUUCUACUAUGCAGGUAUGUCUUUUUAUUGAUAAUAAACUGCGACAGUAAAAUAUUAAACGUUUAAUAGAAUGUAAGAAUGGAUCAAAAUAAAUUGGCUAAAACUGUAUAGUUUCUUCAACUGAUGAGAGAUUUAAAAAAAAAAGAAGUUCUUUCGGGUUGCAUCGGUACUACAGGUUUUCCAGUUUUUUCUAAUAAUUUUGAAAGCUAUUAUACGAAAUACUUUGUAUAUAUAUGUAAAAUAUUUCUGUUCAAAGUUUUUAAUAAUUUACUUCUCUUAUUUUCUUACGAACGAUACAAUUAUGAUUCGAAACCUCUCUCUUCUUAAAAACUAAUUAUACAUAGACUGUAUGUAUAAAUACAUGCUUGUACGUAUGUAUAUGUAUGUAUGUAUGGAUGUACGAUAAUUGAUUGCAUAUGUAUGUAUAUACACAUGAAACGGGAAUAAACAUUAGGCCUUAUUUUUUACCUGAUCUUUAGGCUACUUGAUAAAAAAAAAAAAACUUGUAAAAUGUUAAAUAUUAUAAUGGUGUUCCUGUACAGUGCAAAGGUGAUGACAGCAUUAAAGUGCGGUGUUAAUUGGAAAAGGUAUUGAUUCACCACGCACGAGGUACAUGGCUCGAGUUGUAAUUUUAUGUUAUUCUUACUAUCUUAAGUAUAUACUUUUUACCGAUUCACUUUUAUUUGUAUAUUGCUGUAAAAGAUAUACAGUAUACCUAUAUCUUUUAUAGUGAUAUUACAUGUAUAUUUAAAUAUAUAUAUAUAUAUAUAUACAUAUACCUAUAAACCUGACAAAAAUACGAUUUUUUAUAUUGUCGAUAUUUUCAAUGUUAAAUUCUCUGUUCGUGAAACUAUCAUAAGAAAUAUAGUAACUAAAUAGAAGUUCGUGCGUGGUAAUAAAAAAAAAAAUAACAAUUCCCGUGUAAUAUUCAGACUGCAUGUAGUCGUCAUUACACCCGGAAACACGAAUCAGUUUCGUUGCAAAAUCAAUUCUGUCGACAUUCAAGACAUUCAGGGGAAAAUAAGGUAUAAAAUAUAUUGACGGAUAAUAGUAUAUGCAUCAAUCAGUUGGAUACAUCUUAUCCUAAUUAUACGGAUUUCGUUGAAGUCUUAGCGUCUCUGUUUCUGCGUAUAAUUUAAAAAAAAAAUAUGUUGUUACAUAUACACAUUCACACACGCACAUAAGUACACUGUGCCGCUCAGUUAUGCAAUAUACUGUAAUUGUACAAUUAACCUGUGUAUCUUAUCAAAAGGUGAAGAAAGAAAGGAGAGACGCGGUCUUCCGAUGCUCGACUACUUGUGACUAUAUUUACUAGAUAGUGUAUUUUAUCAAGAAAUUGCUAAUUUUAAAAGCGUAUGUCCGUGUAUCAAAAGUGAAUGUACAGGCAAUUUUAUUACUCGAGAUAAUAAUUUAAUGUUGAUAUAUUUUGCACAAAUCAUUAUUAAUAUUAAUAAACCAUUAAUAUUACGGUUGUUCUAUUUUAUUGAUUUUGCAUUUUCAGGUCACAGAAAAUGAUUGAACUUAUAACAGUGUGUAUGAAAGUGGAUGAAAAGUAUAUAACUAUUAUUAUGGGUUGAGGUAAGUGGUGGUUGGUGGAAUCAGGGCUGAUGCUAUGCAAUACAACAAUGUUUCCUACAACAUUACUUAUUUUUAUUAAAAAUGAUAACAUCGAUAAUCGUACAACUAUAGAUAAUUUACCCUUCCUGUGUAUUAAAUAUUAAAUGAAAUACUGCAUACGAAUACAUUGCCUGAACUAUUUUCUACAGUAUUUUCUACAUGCUUUCUUAAAACGCUGAUAACAUUUAGAAUCUUAUUAAUUUUCUGAGUGAUGUAUCGCACAAAUUAAUCGUGCAACAUUCGAGUUGUUAGUUGAAUCUUUUCUUAAUAGUAGUAUACAUUUUGAAAAAAAGUAAAAAUCCAUCAAAUUAAUAAAAUAUAUGAAAAGAAAAUUAAGUAUAAUUUAUACUUCAAACAAGAAUUAAGAAUAUAAGCUAUAUGUGUAUUUUGGUAAUAUAGUAAAUAGAAACUGCAAACGUGUAGAAAAACGUUUCUAUAUAAUUACUUUUCUAUUUUAUCGUUUCAUGUAUAUCAAAUGUAAUGCAAUUGAAGAAGACGAGAUAAUGUGUUGUUACUUCCGUGUCUUAUCAUAAAGUAUUUUUUUAUAUUAUUCAAAAGCAAUUGCAAGACGAUGUAGUAUAUCUAUGAAACGUAAAAGAUACGAAUAAACAUUAGCUGGAGUAGGGACCUCUUUGAUCUUUGAAUAAAAAUUCGAGUAUGAUGUUACGUACUGAAUGAAUGAUAUUAGUUACAUUACUAUUGUUUUUAGGUCGUUAUAAAUAGUUGAUUAUGAUACACAAAAAAUUCGAAAGAAUUUCUCCCGUUAAGUACAAAAUAGUGGAUUGCGCCUUAUUAAAAUACUGUAACUAACUUUGCUACGUUUACAUCACCUUGAAUACAUACAAGGUGCGAUUAACCCCUCACGGACGGACAUUUUAGUAUGUUAAAAUUACUUUAUCCAAUGUAUACAUAUUAUUUUAAUAUAUAUAUGUAUAUAUUAAAGAAAUCAAUUUUUUUGAUUUAUGCAAUAGGUUUCUAAAGAAUUUCUCGAUGUACAAUGGUAAGAGUAUGUUGCCCAGUAUAUGCAGACAACGUCCGCAAAGAGUUAACUUAAAGUAAUUAUUUCCAUUUAAUAAUGAACUUCGAUGAAUAAGAUCGUUAUUUCAAUUGCUUUAAAAUUCAAAUUUGUUUCGAUGUCGAAAUUGAUCUUCGACAAGUGUCUGAAAAUUGAAUUAGACGUUCAAUGUGUUUUACGUAGAUAAAAUGAUUAAUGUCUUUUAAAAUUUUUCCUGCUGAAUUUAUGAUAAACGGAAAUGACGCAAUAUGCAAAUAACUUUACAUCCUAAUAGGCCGUGCAAUAUUUCCGUCAGGAAUUUAAAACGCGAUUUCCUGUUUAUUUAUCGAAGUAAUAUAUUUUAGGAAUUACAGUUACAAAUACGAAUGUUUAUAUUCUUAUCAACAAUUUGAUAGAAACUUGAACGAGAUUGAAAAUUGCUUUUAAUAACACGAAUUGAGUCUGGGAUGAUUAAAAUUUAAACAGACUAAAUUCAAAAUUCUUGUAUGCAUUCGUAAAGGAUUAAUACGAGUUGCUACUUAAUCGCUUUAUGGCGAAUUUUACGUUGUGCAUAGUUUGAUGGAAAAUUUUUAAUUUACGGUUUUGCUUCCGUGCGUCUAGUUUAUGUCGAACGAUAGUAUAUCAAUCUGCGAUUCGUUUGUAUCUCAUUUUUCACUUUUAUAUCGAUUUCAGCAACGUUAGAAAUUCGCAACGGUUUUUUUCACGAAUUGAACAAUCUCAAUUUAGCGCGAGACUUUUGUUUUCAUGGCAACACAGAAUUCCCGCCUAAUAACCAACUGGUCAGUUCCUAUUCGUCUACUCGAGGUGACGCUGUUCGAAGACACACGGUUGAGUAUUAAGGUAAAAAUUAAUAAUUUUAAUCAAAACAUCUUGCUAAAAUUAUACAAAAAUCACGAACAAUAAUUAAAAACAAGCUACUGUAUUAAAUUUUAUCGAAAACAAUUGUUGUAUGGCGUAAUACUUUCGUUUCCAUGGCAACGCAGAAUUCCCGCCUAAUAAUCAACCGGUCAGUUACUUCCUGUUCGUCUAGUUCGUCAGUUCCUGUUCAGAUUGAUGCUGUUCGAAGACACACAGUUGAGUAUCAAGGUAAAAAUCAAUAAUUUGAAUUAAAAAAUCUUGCUAAAACUGUA